CCUGCACACAGACUUUAAAAACGGCCUCGCAUCUGUCUUUUCAGCUUACGCGCCUUGCCGCACAAACCGGGGCAGCGAUCAUAUGUUUCCUCUGCGGGACGCGGCAACCUGUUUCUUGUUGGUACAGUUUUUGUGCCUUCCAUUUAGCUUGUUCUCCUCCGCGCUGCUUUAGCCGCUAUGAUCGAAGACGCUUACAGGCGCCGUCUCCAUAGUGCUCCACACGGAGAACAAUAAGUGCUCUGUUGUUUGGCAGCAGCAAAAAAAAAAAACAAAACAAAAAACGCUGAGCCAUUACUCGCUGGUCAGUUGCUGUCUUGGGACGAAUGCACAUCUGGUUUUUACGCUUACGCCUGUGAGUGGCUAGCACGCGAGUGUCACAGGGAAGCUGCAUGGCAGUGGGAAGAAGCUUAAUUACUCCCCCGUUUGGGGUGGGGGUUAUACUGAUGAGAUUGUUAGAUUGGAUUGGAGACUCUUUACCUAACAACUCUUGUGCACGCGAGCCGCGAUCCAAUCUAAUCGUACGUGAGACGUUCGUGAACCAGCACCUCACACCUACGAAACAAACCGGAACUGGAUUGAGCCGGACGAUGUGGUAGCGAACUCUGAAAAAGGCUAGUGGUGUGAAUCGAUACACGAAUGCGUGCAAUGCAAAAGAACAAUACAGCACAACACGACAACAGCAGGAACUAAUAGGCAGACACGCACUCGGCAAAACCACAUUAAGAACAAAACAAAAAUCCCUACCGAGGGAGAGAGAGAGAGAGACAACCCCGAAGAGGGAAGUGUGUCAUACAAAGGGCUGAAGGAAGGCACCCCUACUUAUGCCAGUGGUGGCGUGUAUCUCGACGAUGGCGAAGGAAUAGAACCGAGAUCUCGCUUGUCACACUCAAAACGGAACAAAGAGUGUCCAAUGUAAAGCUCACACUCACGGCGGCACACUCACGAUCGUCUAGAGCCGGGCGACGUCGGUGAACACCACGGGUACGGUACGGUGCUGCCGGUAAUGCUGAUAGCUGGUCAAGCGAACGUGAUUACAGACACACACACACACACACACACACACAAACACACAUACAGUCCGGACACAUUGUGGAUCGAUUGUGGUGCUGGCGCGCGGCACGACAGCAGCAGCAGCAGCAGCAGCAGCGUGCACCCCUUCGCGAUCCGAUCCGGGACCGGUUGGCCGUGUCCCGUGUGGUGACGAGCCGGCAAUUACUGCACUACCGCACACUACCGCCCUUCGCCGUCGCACAACAACAAGCAGCAGCAGCGCAAAUACGCGAACAAAUCGGCAAACGAACACAUUGCACACUGGGCGGCAGUGUUGGCGUCGGUGUGUCUGUUAAGUGAACCAGUGAAGGCAGAAGCAAAACCCGGCCCGACCCGACCCGACGUAACCUAAUAGUGGCGGUUUUAAAAACGCAGCACGACGGGGAAGCGCAGGAGAAGCGCUCAACUCAGCGCGGCCACAACUUAUUACACGCUGUUGUACUUAUAGCAAACCCAUUUCGACCGCUGACCGGUGGGGAUUCUCUAGCAAGCGGCCUGCAAUUACCAUUCAGAACCGAACGCGCGAGUUUUGGCGUGCAUUAGGAUAGAAGCAAUAAAAUAAACGAAAAGAGCGUUUGCUAGCACUUACCGUGCUUGCGAACCCAGAAAAAGAGGCUAGCGAACUUGUGUACUUGUGUUACAGGUGUUGCUCGGUACGGUGAGGACGUUUAGCGAACGGCGGCGUGUGUGAAUAUUGCCUACAACCCGGGGGCCAGAAUUGAGCCGAGGAGAAAAAAAAAGUGGAACACAGAACAGAUGAUUGUCGGGCUAUAUUUAGCCAUUUCUGGUUGCUAAAAUUAACCUCCAAGAGCGUGGCGGGAGCUGCUGCUGGGUGCUCCGAGUGUAAGAAACGGAAGGCCAAGCAAAACGGGCGGUGCAACCGAACCGAAAACAAACACACCACACCGCUCAAGUCUGGUUUGUUUUCGCCAAUAUCAAGCAACAGAACGUACGAACCAACCGGAAUCUCGCGAAUAGUACGGAACGGGCUUUGGACAAUCGGUAAGUGUGCGUGUGUGGUACAAGGAAGCAAAGUGAAAGAAUUUAAGCUAAGUUGAUGUGCGGAUCCGAACGCACGAUUCGGUGUUCCCGGACCGCGUAAAGGAAACUCAAAGCAAGUAACUACACUACCGAACAGUAAUCGUACAUCGUACACCGAUCCAGGCGCUUUGGUGGCAAGUAUUGCAAAAUAAAUUGAGUUACCGCGUGAAACGACUAGCAAAGCGCCAUCACCACCAACGACCUGAGACCUGAAACCUGAAGCCGGCAGUGUGGGCAAAGCAGUGUUGGGAAAAUGAAUAUAGAUCCAUCGAACAAGGCACAAGAACAGGAAGAGCAGAAUCAGCAAACGACGACGACGGCAGCAGGAGCGGCGGCGGCGGCGACAACAACCACAAUUACGGCUACUACCACCGCGGUACUGGCAUUACUAAUUUCCCCCUCAUCGUCCUCGUCAACGUCGACCGUUUCGCCCACCGCUUCAUCGAUUUCGAAAAACAGCAGCACCGACGAGGUCGAUGAAACUACGGCGGAAGCAGAACCACCACAACUCGCGGCAAAGCGUAGCAAACCGGUGGCGGCAGAAGAGCAGCAGCAGCAGUUUGUAUACGAGCAACGAGCAGAUGAAGAUGUCCACCGCACUAACAGUGAGCAGCGUAGAACGGCGGCAGCGGAACAACCGCUCGGUGGUGACUGUCCGUGCUCAACCGGCCCGACGAUGCCCGGCGAGCCGAAUGUUACGAUGACAGUAGACGUUACAAACACCACCACCACCACCACCGCCACUACUACGAGCACUACUACUACAUUGCUGGGCCAAUGCAUACCAGAAAACGUGACCACCGAACUAAGGACACUCGAGCUAGAAGCCCCGGGCGGACCUGCGCCAGCAAGUGAAGCGAACCGGGACAGCAACAGCUCAAAGCAGGACGAUACACUGUCGUCGAUAGUAGUGGAGCAGCAGCCGGUACGAGAGCUGACCGCGGAAGCCUUAUCACCACCAAAAACACCACAACCAUCAUCACCGCUGUCAUCGAGUUCAAGCUCAAGCUCGUCCACCUCCUCGACACCGUCCAUCGGCGAGGAGCGGCGCCUGCCGGUCGUGCCGGAAGAGGAUUCGUACGCGGAAGAUCCACCGGCAGGCGAAUGUUGUUACGGGCAGCCGGUAGCCACCGCUUCCAACAACAAUCCCGCGCUAGUGCUAGCGGUUGAUCUCACGUCCGCCGACGGUGGUGCAGCUGGCGGGUGCAUCAAUGACCGCUACAACAAUAACAGCAAACGCAGUGAUAGUGACUUUCAAACCGUGCUCGGUGACAGCACGCACACGAAGGUUACCGGCAGGAAUGACGAUGGCAAUGAGAUGGCGACGGCGGCGGCGGCAGCAACGUCCUUAUUGUCGGCGAGCGCUGCUGCUGUGAUGGAGGAAGGCGUCCGUACGUCUGGUGCGACGGUGACACCCGCAACCGAAAUAGCGCUAGGGCAAGGCGAACGGCAGAGGUGUGCCACGACCACCACAACCACCAUCAUGAAGCAUGUCCGCGGCGAUGAUGAGCACGAACCGUUGCUAGGGACAGCGGACCGUACCGAGGCGGCGGUGAGAACGAAUGACGACAAUAACUGCGAGCUGCCGGCCGUAGCACCGAUAGAGUUAGUACAAACGAUCGAAACGACCGACCCGACGACACAGCAGGACGGCAUGAGUGCAGCUGCCGGUGUGACCGUGACGGCGGAUGUACAGCACGAAGCCGUCGAAGGUGUGACGGCUCGCACCGCCGACGGUUCGCCGCCAUCUUCCUCGUUGUCGUCCUCCUCCUGCUCCUCCUCCUCCACCGUUCCGCUAUCGCCGCCGACGUCCUCCGCGUGCUCGCUGUCCUCGUCCGAAUCAUCGCCCGAAGUUUUGGCCGAAUCCCAACAAGAACCUUCUGGCAAAGGGGCUGACACUCAACCCGUCGUAGACAAUCGACCAUUCGGUGGUGAUAGUGCACCGAAAGGACACUCCCUUGAGGGUGAAGGAUUGUCCUCCGAUGCGGUGCCACAGCAGCAUACGCAACCAGCGCCACCGCCGUGUUCAGUCCUUGGGUCGGGCGAGGCGGCAGGUGUUGCAGUUCCGCAAUCGUCCCCCAGCACCACGCGCCCGUUAACGCUAGCCGAAGAACUGUCGCAGGCUGCUGCGGCUGCAUCUUCGCCAUCGUCGGGUACGGCAGCGUUAGCAGUAAGCGCACCACCGUCCGCAGUCGUAGAUGUCCUACCAAAGAGUGCUGCCGAUACAGCAGCAGCGGUGGUCAGUGGUAGCAGCCGGAGUACGUCCCCAGUGCUGCACAGUAGUUUGAAGAAAGCGAGCAAAAUGGGUGUCACCACCGGUGCGGCCGCUGCCGUGGCCGCGAAGGGAGAAAACAGGCGACGAGUGUCCUUUCCCCAGGAUGCGCAGCUUAUCACUGGCUAUCUGGAUCCGGUUAACCCUUGGGCCUGCAUAUCGGUCUGCGAAACGCCGGAGCUGCUGGAGCUGUACCACACGUCCUGCAAGCGGCACAACACGAUGCCACUCAAAACGGUGCUCGACCACCUGCAGUCGAUCGAUGUGACGAAGGGCCGGGUGCCGUUGCUUUCGCUCAAAGAUCAGCACCUCAGCUACAGUGGGUGCGAAGCGCUCGAGGAAAUCUUUAAGCACGUGCAGUACCGCUGCAUCGAUCUGUCGCACAGCGGGCUGGACGAUGUGACGGCCAGCGUCAUGUUCGACAUCAUCGAGUACUACGAGGCGGCCCAGGAGCUGGACAUAUCGGACAAUCUGCAGAUGUCCAGCAAAAGCUGGACCGCGUGCAUUAACAUGAUCAAGAAGAGCCAGGCGCUGAACGUGCUGAUAAUGCGUGGCCCGAUGAUAUCCGACUAUCAGGCAAACAACCUCGCGAAGGCGCUUAACACAUCCGCCAUACACACGCUCAAGCUGGAACAUUGCGUGCUGAGUCAGCAGCCGAUCGCGUCGCUCUGCUCCAUCCUGAAGCGUAACAAAGUGUUGCGCGAACUUUGGUUGGCGCACAAUCAGCUGAGCUGCGAGGAUGCGCUGCAGAUCGCGAACUUGUUGCGGGCGAACCUCUACAUUCAGCUGAUUGACAUCUCCAACAACCGGAUCGGGGACAAAGGUGUGGAGCACAUUGUGAGUGCGAUCGUCGAACAGGCUGUAUACUUUAAGGAGGUACAGGAAAAGAAGCGUAAAAGUGAUCUACUAACCUUUUCCGACCUGUCGAGCAGCCUGAACAGCAUCAACAGUGCGAAGAACUACUUUCCCCAGCGGUUGCGUUCGUCCGAUUCGGAUUCGGCAGUGCCUACGGCAACGGGACCCUAUCUGGAUACGUCACCGUCGCCGGUAACGCUCACUCCACCGGUCACGCCACCGUCGACACCUGCACUAGCGCCGUGUGAAACGGCCACGACGGCGGAAGAGAAGAACCAGCGGGUGGAAAAGCUGGCCAGCGAAACGCUGGAAGCUACGAACGGUUCCAGCACCGCCACCUUCGCCGUCGGCUCGGUAGAAGCGGCUCCAGUGUAUGCGACGUGCGCCCAGUCGCACCAGCCCGACAAUGAUGAAACGAACCCACCACUACCUCCAUCACCCGUACCCGCAGCGCCAACGCCGCCGACGCCGCCCUUGGCUGUUGCUCCCUCGAACGUGAAUCUAGUGGAAAUGAGUACAAAACAUAGCGUAAGUCUACAAACAACUAGUGAUAGAGAGAAGCCCGACAUGGUAGCGCGCCCCGUCAUGAUGACGGCCGAGGAAGAAGCACUGAUGAAUUCCUCUAGCGGUGGAGCAACAGUGGCAGCAGCGGUGGCAGCAGCGGUGGCAGCGAUGGCAGUUCCGGGUGACGGUGGUGAGAGCGAGAACAAGACGAUGAUGAGCACCUCAGCGGAAACAGUACAAACCGACCAGAAAGAGUCGCCGACGGUUGGGCAGGCGGUGGGGACGGUGGCGGAAGGGGAGGAACCGCAUUCGGACAGCCCGGUACCGCAGGCGCCCAAAAAGCCCCGGCUGGCGAAGCAGGACAGUGUGUUGACCGAGUUUGAGGCAUCGCUAUCGACGGCCAUGGAAAUUGGGGACCAAAGAGAGGAGGACGGGGAAAAGCGCACACCAGUCCAGCAGCUGAGCACCGUUACCAAGGAAGUGGCCCGUGCGCAGAUGAUGAUGGUGGAGGAAGACGUGCCGGAGCUGUGCACUGAUUACGAUGACGAUGGUAGCAAUUUACGAAUUUCGCAGGAAAAUCUCUUCGUCGAUCUUGGCAUCCCGGCACUGAGCGAGGAAGAGCGAGAACCGGAAACGAGGAGUGCUUCCGUGGAGUCGUCCGGGGACGUGUUUUCGCCGCUUGCGCCACCAGCGAAAAAGGACGAGCUGCAGCUGUUGUUUGAAAAAUCCCAACAAAAGGGAAAGCAGCAGGUAGAAUCGGCGGCUGUGCAGCUACAGCCAAACGGUGUUUCGAUGAGCGAAAAGAGAGAAAGAAAAAGUGCCAUUAGCAGCGAUGAGCGAUCGGACGUAUCGUCGUCGCCAGCCGGGAAGAAGAAGGAUCGCGCGCAAUCGAGCAGCAGCAGCAUCAGCAGCAGCAGCACCGACAGCAUCAGCGUGGUGGAGAAGACGAUACAGAUCAGAGACAAUGUGCCACUGUCCCGCUCGCUGGAUUCGGUCGGCGGUGAUGAGUCCGACUUUGAGAGUAGCAGCCCGUUCCGGACGACCGCGCCGAGCACCUUUCCGAACGAGCGCUCGUUCAGCUCGGAAAGCCUAAACAGCGAAACGUCGAUCGAUUCCAACGACUCGAAAUCGAGCCUUAAAAUACACGAGUCCAAGUUUGCCGCCAAAAACGGUACGCUGGAGCGGCAGCAGUCGAGCGUGAACCGUGACACGGUCGGCACGGACCAACCGCCAAGCAGCCCGUGCGGGUUGCAGGUGCUGGUGCUAUGGAACAAUGAGAUUACGCGCAACUCGGCACGCCACUUUCAGCGUUUGUUGGAGCGGACGAGCACGCUCGACACGCUGAACGUCGGUAGCAAUCAGCUGUGCAACAGCUUCGUUGCCGGCAUCAGCGGAAGCUUGAAGGCGAACACAACGCUCACCAAUCUCGGACUGCAGAGCGCACAUCUGUCGGACAAGGGCGUCAAGACGAUGGCCGAAAUCAUCGAGUUCGGGGGCAAUGCAUCGCUGCAGCGCAUCGAUCUGCGGCACAACAACAUCCAGAAGGCGGGCCUGGAAGCGUUGAACGAUGCGAUGAAAUCGAACAAAUCCAUCACGCGCAUCGAUCUGGACGAUACGCCGAGAAGGAUUAAGGAUACGUCGCUGGAUGGGGUCGGGUCGGAGUACAGCCGGCUGGUGAACAACAUCCGGGCACAGUGCGAGCGGAACAAAAACCCGCCGGAACCGAGCGAACCGAUCAGCACGACGGUACGCCGUGCCCGGGCCAACUAUCUGAGUUCGCGCAAAAUCUCGCUCACCUGUCCCUCGAUCAAGACGUCACCGAGUGCGCUGGCCGACAAGCAGCAUCUGCUCGAUCCGAACGGUGGGUGCAAAAAGUCGACCGGUGGCCGUUUGCGGUCCCCGUUGCCGAGUCCCAUUCCUUCACCGAUUGCCUCGCCGGUACCGAGUCCGUCCCGCAACCGAUUCCAUGUUUCGCGCGUGACCGAUUCGACCGGUGGAGGUGGCGGGUCCGCCUCGUCCCCGUCACCCUCGUCGACCGGCAGCUCGCCGACCCUGUUCUUUCCGUCGAACUCGCGGUUCCGGGUGGUGACGGUGGCCGAGCCGGAUGCCGGUGCUAAAAGUGCUAACAAUCCGUACCGUAGCAGCAGCACGAUCAACCUGCCCAUGAGCGGCAAAUCGUCCACCUCAUCCUUUACUGUGGGCGGUGCGGGUGGUGCUGCUGGCGGAACGGCACCCGCGACCACAAUCAAUCGCCGCCCGGUGUGCAGUUCCGCUCCGACACUCUCAUCCUUCCCCUCAUCGCCACUGUCCCCGUUGGCUACUGCGGCCGGUGGAGUGCCGGUGGUGGGGCGGGUAGCUAGCCAAACACCAUCCCCGCUGUUGCCACCAUCGUACGGUAGCGCGGGUAACAGUACGUUCCAUACGGCCAUACUACCUUCGCCACUGAUUACACCGGCGCCGGGAGCGAUGGCGGGAUCAUCCUCCUCGCCUACUACCAUGCCCACGAUACUUCCCAUGCCGAGCAACCCGAUGCCUUUGGGAGUGGCCCCACAGUGUACACUACUACAGCAGCAACAACAGCAACAGCAACAACAGCAACAACAACAGCUCCAAUAUCAGCCACUACCACCACCACAAAUCGUUCCAAUGAUGCAUCAACAGGCGCAACCGCUGCAAAACUAUCACUUUGUCACAACGUUCGGUCCCGGCAGCAACACCACGGUUCCGCUUCAAUCUACCAUGGUUACCCUUUCAUCCUUACAAUCGCAGAUCGUACCACAAACGUUCCUCCACCAGCAACACCAACAACAACAACAACAACAGAUUCCACCACAAACACCACCGUCAUCAUCAUCAUCGUGCACGGGCAAGGUGCGCCAAUCGUCCAACUCAUCCGACUCUGCCCAUCAGCACAGCAGCAGCAACAGUAGCAGCAACAACAACAACAACAACAACAGCAGCAACAAUAACAGCAGCGGCAGCACCCUGCACGACUCCGUGCUUUCCUCCACCAGCAUCGAAAGCCCCGAUCUGGAGGUGAAACGCUUCAUGUCCGGUGGGACCAUGUUGGACGAUAGCUGCUGUUCGUCGAUCAGCAGCAACAGCAUCGACUCGAUCGAUGCGGUCCACUUUAACCUGAAUGCGUCGCUUAGCUCGACGGAGGAAAGCUUCGACAUGAUUGUCAGUUCUCCGCCACCGGCCACCACCGCCACUAGCUCCCGCAGCACGAUCGGCGACGGAUCGUCGGAAUCGAGCAAUAACGUGCUGGAGGAGGAAAGUACGCUGAUUCCGAAAGCAUCGUCGCUGCUGCCAAGCGGCGUAACGUUGGAUGCACCACCAUUACCACCACCACCACCACCGGCCAGCUUUUCCACCUCUAGCAUGGUGCAGGUGAAUUUGGCCAGCUCGCAAGAAUCCCUGUACGAUGUGCACGACCUUUCCGGGUCCUCCAACUCUUCGUCCGUCUCGGCGGCGGCAGCAGCAGCAGCAGCAAAUCUGGCGGCAACCGGCGCCAAAUCCACCGUACAACCGGCACCAUCCGUAAGCGCCGCCGGACCCGGUCAGCUGGUCGGCGGUAACAAUUCAAACGAAAGCACGCUUACCUCGGUGCAAACCCUCGAACGCGAACCGAACGCGGUGGUGGCGAGCGGCAAGCAGGAAAAGCCACCUCGUGUACGUAAAACUUCGUGGAUUCUUGGCGGUGGUGGAAGCGGCAGCAGCAGCAGCAGCAGCAAGCAUAUCGAUUCAAGCUCAAGUGGUGCGAGCACACCGACGCCCAGCGGUGGCGGCGGCAGUGGCUAUCCGCCAGCGAUCGAGAAGCUACUCAGCAUCUUUCACCCGAGCAGUUUGUUUUCGUCCCACAAAUCAUCCGCCAGCCCGCCGCCGGCAGUGACGCAGGACGGUUCGGCACAGGGCGGCGGUGGAUCACAGCCACCGUCGCGGAAGGAAAGCCCGAUGGGCGGGUUGUUUUACUGGGCGCAUCACGGUAGCAGUGCCAACACCAGCCCGACCAGUACCGCCAAAAAGGAGGACGAUCGUGCCGCCGCCGGUCUAAAGGUGAGCGUGUCGCCCGAAACCACACUAACGCCGCCUCAGCUGCAACCGUUACAGAAUCAGGCCCACGUACUGGCUCACCACCAGCAGCACCAGCAGCAGCAGCAGCAGCACAGCGCAGAACAUAUGCCGCCCCAGCUGAAGGUAGAGAUGAAGGAGAACAUUUCACCGGAAAACACCAUCACCAACAAGCUGUUGCUGUCGUCGUCGAAUAAUGCGCCUGCGGUGGCUGGCGGUAGUGAUGCGCCAACGGUUGCAAUGGUUGCGUCCCCCACGGUGAACGUGCCGGGCGCAGCGACCGGUGCUUCUGCACCCCAUGCGAAGGUAAUCUUCCAGCUCGGUGGUGAUUACGACGAGUCGGAGGACGAUAUCGAUACGCUCACCAACAAGUACGGCAACCAUCCGAGUGGUACAGUAGUCGGUGGUGGGACCGGUUCCGGUGGCGGUGGAAUGCACUACUUCGGGGGCGGCACCCCGAGCAGCCUGAUGGGUGGCAGCACGACGAGCAACAGUAGCGGCAUCAGCAUCGGCAGCAGCGGUACCAGCGCUGGCGGCGGUGAUCUGAUGCUGCUGAGCGGCAGCAGCAGUGCUGGGAUCGUGGUUUCACCCUCACCGAGCGCUACCAGCGGACAGUCGGACACGGUCGUUGUGCUGAGCCAUCUGGGGCAGCUAGCGCGCGAUUCGCUCAGCAUGUUCAAGAACCCAAGCCUCACCUCGCAGGACUCGAUCUCGAUUCGUUCGAUGGAUUCGCUGACGGAGAUCGCUAAUGAGAGUGGCAAACCGUCGCAACUGGCUGCUUCCCAAACGUCUUCGUUGUCGGUGGUACCGCCAACAACAUCAACAACAACAACAACAGCAGCAUCGACAACAAUUUCUUCAUCAUUAUCACCAUCAUCAACCUCGUCAUCAGCAACACCAAUGUCAGCAUCGACCGACAGGCAGGAAACGCGCUAGGGAACGAACGAAGGGUGAUAGUGGAAGUACUUAGCGGAACAUCCAUGCACACUCCCCGUGCGUGCGUGUGCGUAUGCGCGCGUGUGUGUGAUUACUAUUUAUUAGGUUCGUUACCGAUGGGCGCAAGAAUUGAUUUAAGCGCUUCCAACAAAGCAAAGGUAUACAUGCUCUCCGGAUUCUUGUCGUUUUCGUGGCGUGGCGCUUCGGCAUUCGCAAUCGCAAAGCUUUUGUUCCUUUUUUUGUCGUAAUAUUGUUGAUGAUGAUGAUUACUCUUUACAAACUUACCUUUACGAUCGUUAAGCCCUUAGUCAGGUAUCGUGAGACUGUUUCGUAUCCAAAGGACGGUCCGAUCGCGCAUUGAAUGCUUGCUGCUGAUUGCAGCAUGAUCAAAUCCCCAAAAUGCUCAUCAGUCUACUCAAAAAAAAAAAGAAACAUAAUGUGCCUUCUUGAAUAAUGGAAUCAAUUUGAAAACACUAAACUCGGGAAAAUGAGUGAAACCGCGGUGAUCAUAACCUAAGGGUGUGUGUGUGCGUGUGCGUCGAAUAGCUGGAAUGUGGAAGAUCAUGGUCCUGUACCGAGAGAACCUUGUGCGCGAAACGGAUGCAUUAUUGGAUGAUGUUGAACAGCAAGAACAACUUUGAUAUACUAUACUUGACUGAAUAGGACAUAUAUACAAAAAACGAAACCUAACGCGAGCGUAAAAAAAAAAACACACACACACACUCGGAAAACGAAACACACGCAAAACAGAGCGUGAUCGCGUCGUCGUGCUUUACCUACACUACUCUGCAACUGUACUGACUGAAUGAGUGGAGCGAAACAGGCAAGCCGAAUGCGCUUCUCCGGUCCCCUUUGGAUACAAGCAUCUCACGAUAAUACUGUCCGCGCGUCUAUUACCGGAAGGAACAGCCCGGAAUGAGUCACUUCAGUUCAGGGAAACAUAUAGACAGAAGCCAGCCAGUGGAGAGUGGAGUGGCAUAUUCGUUCUGGGAAGCAUUUUUAAAUUUGUAGAAUUUUGUUUUCCCACUUUUGCCGAUCGUUGUUGCAUCCAACCAACAGGAAGAUCGUUGCCAACUUUUGAGCCGAUUCUCCACGGCGGCAGCACAAGUGUUUGAUGAAUGAGGGAGCAGCACUUAGAAGAUUGUGCAAUCGAUUUGAUAUCGCUCACCACCUCCUCACCCGGUUGGCUUGUUGCCCGGGCUGUGAUGAGCAGAUUUUUCCGAGCACAGGGUACAACCCUUCACCGGGAAAGGGAGGGAAGCGUGUUGUAAUUAGUAAUGCUUUUCCGUUGCUGCUGUCGCUGCUGCUGGUACGACAGACAGUUGGCAGCGUUCAGUGACAAACCAAUUAAUCAUGGCCCGAGCGAGCGCAUCCGCGCACGAAACCUACCAAACCUGGCUUGCAUGUACCUUUGAGUGUUGGAAAAAAGGAGGCAAAAUAGUUGCGGUUCAAGUUUACCCCUUCGGUGCAACAAAAUUUCAACCCCUCAGUUUUCUUGUUUUAAUCGUUGUAGAUGUGAAAACGAAGCGAUAGGAUGUGUGGCAAAUGGGAAAUUCAAAACGAUAAGCGAUAAGUUAACACUUAAGAUGGAUUGCGCUAAGCCCGAAACGAAGUACUAUAAUAAUGGCAGAAUCUUAAAGGAAGAGAAAAAAAACCCCCGUAAAAUAGCAUCUGCAGCACGGAGGAACGUUAUGAAAUUUGCAUUCCUGAAUUUCACCCUUAAUGAACGUGUUAAACGUGUUGCUAUUUUUACACCGAAAGAGGGUAGCGAGAUGUGAGGUUGUGUGAUGCGGUACUUAUUGUUUAGCGUAUUUGGCAUACAUUUACUUACGGCGGAAUUAUGGAGGAUUUAAUUUAGGCAAAAGAUUACUUAACAAACCAGCCACACACACACACGCACGCACGCACCGGCGCGCGCACCGAUCACACCGUACAUGGAUGCAUGGAUGAGAUAGUAAUAACGGUUAGGAAGGGUGAUUAUCGUAAGGAUCGUUAGCAGCAGCAGCAGGCAAACAAGCCGUCAAGCGAUAGUUCAUCAUCAUCAUCAUCAUACUACAACACGUACAAGAACAGAGAUCCCUCUCAGCGCAGCACCACACAUCCCAUCGGAAUUCUAUCGUCUAGCGCAUAAGUCCUUCCCGUAAAAACAAAAGAAAGCAAGCUCACGCUCUAUUGCUAGUAUUCA